AUGACUGUUAAAUUUCGGUUCCUGAAUUACUGGUUUUUCAGGUAUGGCCAUUUUUCGGGCAUUAAUCGAAAAGUUCAGUUGAAAUAUUUGAAACCACGUGAAUUUAAAACAUCGGAUGGCGAGGAGGUACAUCAGCAAUCAGCACUGAUGCUUAUCUUGAAAUGGGGUGGCGAGCUGACUACUGCCGGAAAUUUGCAAGCCGAAGCAUUGGGUAAAUUAUUCAGGACUUUGUAUCCGGGCAUUAGACGUGCUGAUGGUAAAAGUUACCCGGAAGAUACACAAGGCCUGGGGUUCCUUCGUCUUCAUAGUACUUACAGACACGACUUGAAAAUAUAUGCAUCGGACGAAGGACGUGUUCAAAUGACUGCAGCCGCUUUUGCUAAGGGACUUUUGGCAUUGGAAGGGGAGCUUACCCCGAUUUUGAUGCAAAUGGUCAAGUCGGCAAACACGGAUGGCCUUCUGGAUGAUGAUAUCAACGCACGAGACUUUCAGCAUGAGCUAAAGUGCUAUCUUCAUUCAGCUUUGCAGGUUGAUCGUGAAUGGACGGCCGAAGAUCACGAAAAUCUCAAUCCGUCAGGGAUUCGUUCCAUGACAAAUGCAAUGGAAUUUAUCAAAAAUCCUCGAAAAAUGUGCGAAGAAAUUGCAAGUCGCUGCUUGUAUCUGAACGAAUCGUAUGAUUUGGCCGAACGACGUUGGGCAAAAGAGUUGCAUGAAUUUCGUCGAGUGAACAAAAACGGCGAUGUGGAAUUUGAUAUUUCGAAAAUACCGGAUAUCUACGACAACAUAAAAUAUGACAUGGAACAUAACCCAGACCUUUGCAUUAACAACGAAGUGGAAUUCGAACGAAUGUAUCUUUGCGCCAAAAAUAUGGCCGAUAUUGUUGUACCACAGGAGUAUGGCAUCAGCGAAAGCAGUAAAGUGAUUAUUGGGCAACAUGUCUGUACUCCAUUGUUGAAGAAAAUUAGGAGUGACCUGCAUCACUGCGUGGAAAAUCCGAACGAAGAUGACACUCAGACUCGUCUUGAUCCAAGAGCCUCUCAAGGCAUAGCCACUCCUCUUCGACAUGUGGACGAUAAGAAAUGGCAGCGUGCCAUGCAUUUUCUCUCAUCAUCAGUUACUGAAUACAAUUACAUGACACAAGUGGUUCUCAUGGUCUAUGAGGACAGUCGAACAGCGGGCAAGCAAGACACUGAUCGCUUCCAUAUCGAGCUGUUAUUCUCUCCUGGCCUGUACCCGUGCUUCCUCACCGAAAAGGAGCGCAUCUAUGAAACGCGUUUUCCAAAGUUAUUUUUUGAAUUGUUUUCCUUCCUUAUUUUCCUUAUCAAAAUUGUUAUUUUCGUUAUUCUUAGCUGUUUCCUCUUUUACAAUUAA